CCACACAACAACACAGAGAUCCCAAAUCCGGAAGAUAUCUUCUUCUCUCAUAACUCAGUUUACUCUGAUCCACUGAAACAUACAAUUAAGAGCAGUAACCGUCAGUCUCACACCUGCAGAAAAAUUCACUCUUCUUCUAAUAAUGUUCCUCCACAGAGAGAUUCAUGUAUCGAUCAUUUUGACUUUUUCAGGAAUCAAAGAUGAAAAAUUAUAGUUAAGCCAUGGAUGGGUAUGAAGCUACUAGGAUUGUGCUCUCUAGAAUCCAAAGCUUAGACCCUGAAAACGCAUCAAAGAUCAUGGGUCUUCUCCUUCUUCAAGAUCACGGUGAGAAAGAGAUGAUAAGGCUAGCUUUUGGUCCAGAGACUCUUGUUCACUCUGUUAUAGUGAAAGCCAAGAAAGAGUUAGGUCUCAUGAACUGUUCAAGGUCUCCAUGGAGUCAUCAAGAUGAGUUAAUUAGCCCUAAGAACAACCGUGGCUCUUCUCUCAAUCCUGCUUCUUUGCCCUUUUACGCUAAUGGAGGAAGAUCUUCUAGGGAUUUAACCAACGACUUCGAGCUCAUCGAUGAUGUUAACUCAAGAAGUGACUUUUUGGGCUCUGUGCAUGCGAGAAGCGGUAGCUGUGUUUUGGACGGUUUAGGGUAUGGUGGUGAUUCUGAUUUAGGGUUUGGAGGUGUCCCCUGUUCUUAUUUCGCCAGAGGCUUCUGCAAAAACGGAGCUAGCUGCAGAUUCGUACACAGUGAUGGAGGAGCUGAUUUGGUUGGCUCUCCAAGCAGAAUCGAGCUUCUUAGGUCUAACUCGGUACCUCCAAGACUUGCUCACCACUUCAUGACUCGCUCUUCUCUUCCUUCUUUUUCACCUAAAGGUGUUAACUUGCAGCAAAACGAUGUUCAAAGAGCUGCUGCUGCUUUGAUGAUAGGAGAUGAAUUGCAGAAGCUUGGAAGAUGGAGACCUGAAAGGAUUGAUCUUUCUGCUAUGGCUUGUCCAGCUUCAAGACAGAUCUAUCUGACAUUCCCUGCCGACAGUAGGUUCAGGGAGGAAGAUGUGUCUAAUUACUUCAGUACUUUUGGACCAGUUCAAGAUGUGAGGAUACCAUAUCAGCAAAAGAGGAUGUUUGGUUUUGUGACAUUUGUGUACCCUGAGACUGUUAAGAGCAUUCUUGCCAAAGGGAAUCCUCACUUUGUGUGUGAUUCCAGAGUUCUUGUUAAGCCUUACAAGGAGAAAGGCAAAGUCCCUGACAAAUACAGAACUAACCAAACAACAGAGCGAGAAUUGUCCCCAACAGGCCUUGAUUCUAGUCCUAGGGAUGUUCUAGGAGGGAGAGGGUUUUAUAACAAUACCCAAGAUGUGUUGUGGAGGAGUAAGUUUGAAGAAGAGAUUCUUGAGCUUCAGAGCAGAAGGCUGAUGAAUCUGCAGCUUCUUGACGUCAAGAAGCAUUUCCAACUCAAUUCCCCUACCAACAUUCACUCUCCGAAUCCUUUCAGCCAAUCACUUAUAUCUCCACGACCAUUGUCCGUGAUCAAGAGAGAGUAUGAAGGAGGAGAGAAAGGGAAAGGAAGUUCUAAAGAAGGAUCUGAUGAUGAUACAAUGAAUCUACCAGAGAGGUUGGAGGAUAGCUUGCCAGACAGUCCGUUUGCGUCGCCCGCCCAUCAUUUGCUUCUGUUUGCUGAUUCUGCAGACAAUAACGGAUCGGAUUUGUGGUCGCCUUCUUCUGAUAAUGAUGAUAAUUCUACUCCUUCUACACUCUCUGACUCCUUCAACUCUUUCAACUGCCAAAUGCCGAGGUUACCGGCGAUUGGAAUGUUACCCGGUAGGGGUGGACCAACCUGUCGUGUUGGGAUAUAAACAGGAAGAGAAGUAAGAAAAAAAACUGAUAAUAUAGAGAGACCCUUAAU